AUGCACGCACAAACCCUCCUCGCCCUCCUGCCCGCCGUCGCAAUGGCCCAGUACGGCUACGGCAGCGACGACGCCGCCGACUCCUCCUCCAUGACCACAACCGCCUCCGCCGCCGCCGCCUCCUCUUCCUCCUCCGCCUCCGGCACGGUUCACGUCGUCAAAGUCGGCGACGGCGGCCUCACCUUCUCCCCCAACGACGUCAAAGCCGCCGUCGGCGACACCGUCGAGUUCCACUUCUACCCCAAGGCGCACUCCGUCGCGCAGUCCUCCUUCGACAAGCCCUGCGAGCCGCUCUCCAACGGCACCGCGACCGGCUUCUUCUCCGGCCCCGUCCCCGUCUCCUCGGGCGAGGGCGCCGACGUGUUCUCCGUCAAGGUCGAGGACGCCUCCCCGAAGUGGUUCUACUGCGCGACGGCGCAGCACUGCCAGGGCGGCAUGGUCGGCGUGAUCAACGCGCCGAGCAGCGGCGGCAGGACCGUGGACGCGUAUAAGGAGGCUGCGGCCAAGGCGGAGAAGAACGUGGCGCCGGCGUCGACUGGGGGCGGUACCCUUGGGCCUGCGGCGACGGGCAGCCCGAGCAGCUCUGGGGGUUCCGGCACGAGCGCAAGCGGGACGUCGGCGGUGUCGGGCACUGCGGCGAGUGGAUCGGCGUCGGCUUCGAGGACCUCGAGCCCGAGUGCCGGUAUUGAGGCGCGCGGGGAUGUUAGGUUGGGACUGCUCAGCUUCGGUAUGGCUGUUGCCGGUGUCGUUGGCGGGCUUCUCAUUUAA